AUGGGGGGAGAAGAACAAGUCGAAGAAGAAGAAGGCGAAGUGAAUGCUGUAAAUCCCUCUAGUAGCAAUAAUUACGCUCGGUAUACGGAACGUACGGCGCAUGUGGAUAUGUUACGUGCAACACAAGAAGAAUUAGCCACAAAGAUUAAAGAAUUACAAAUCUAUGAAUCAAAUUACGUGACACUAAAGAAAGAUUUAGCCCGUUGGAAGAAGAAAUUUGAAUACGUUUUUCGUGAGAAUGAAUUAUUAGCACUAGAAACCGGUAAAUUGGAUGCAUCGCAUAAACAAAUCGCAUUUCUCCAACAGGAAAUUAAAUUUAAAGAAGAAGAAGGAGCAGCAUUACGUGGUCUUGUGAGUGCAUUAGAAGUUGCCACGAAGAAAGAGCGUGCGAAACAAUUGGAAGCAGCGAAAGCACGAGAUUCAGAGCUUGAAGUUGUUGCAGCACUUGCGGCAGAACGGAAAAGCACGGACGAUGUGGAUCAAGUAUUACAAGCCGAACGGAAAGCUCGGUGUGAAGAAAAAGAACGAUAUGGUGCUGAAAUUGCAGCAUUGAAAGCAGAAAAUGCCUUGUUACUUAAGGACGUGGAUCGAAAAGAUGAAGGAUUACAACGACAGGAAGAAUUAGUUAGUGCACAUAAAGUACGCAUUGAAAGCUUGCAACAAGCUUUGAAAGAAGAACAGGAAGCAGGAAUGACACGACUUAAGGAGAAACAAGAUAAGGUCUUGGAAUUAGAAAAACAAAUGCAACAAAUGCAACUGAGACGACGUUCAAGUGUUGCCGCAGCAUUGGCCAUGGCGGAAGAACAAGGAAGAGAUACGGUUGGGUUUGGACCAAAGGAUCGUCUGAAGGCGAAUCGUGUUAGCGAAGGAGAUGAAGAUGGAAGUGACGAGGAACCAGAUACACCUCCAGGAACACCACCUCCCAUUUCAUCGGGCGGAUUAUUGCCACUUGAAGAUCCGACAGCUGAUCAAACGAUUCGAGACUGGACUGAAGAUCGAAAGAUUCAAUCGGCACGUAGUUUUGAUGACGCGUUGGACCUUGACAGACUGGAAGAACUGAUUCGGAAACUGCCUUAUGAACAUCAAGAAGGUGCGAGUCGCGUUCUCAUGGGCGCACUGGACCCAGACACGGGCGAGGAGCUUGUAAAUGAAUCGCAGAUUGUAUUGCGGCACUUGUCAGCUGAGCGACAGGCGGAGUUACGCGAAUUCUUGGUACCACUAUUGAAGGCCCAUCCAGCGCUGAGGGUGUCGUACUCGACUAUGGAGCGUCGUACGCUGGUGACAGAUGUACGCAUUCAGAUUGAACGUCGCCGCGACUCUGUCCUAGGUGGAUUUGUACCUGGUGAAAAACGUUUCGGCAAGGAUCAUAUGUUCUUGGGUCCGUCCGUAGAAGACGUGAGUAAGCUUGUGCCACACACGUCUCGUGUUAUUAGCACGAGUAACAAGGCCACAUAUGUGUCGAAACCCAAAAACGCUGAUUCUCUUGCUAGUAUUGCUGCUUCUUCACCUCAGGAAAGAGGAAGUGAACAUACCGAGGAUAUGGAUACAUCUUCUGAGUCGGCGGAGCUACCCGAUACUACGGUAUCCAAGCGUAAAUGGGGUGGGUUGAAUGCUGCCAAGUUCAUUGGUACGAUGGCAGCUGGUGCCAAGCAGCGUGUGGCAGCUACAUUUAAGAACGCCAAGUAUUCACACGAUGGCACAUCGUGUCAGUUCUGUAAGAUGACGCCUAUUGUGGGAGAGCGCUAUUCGUGUGCCACAUGCGUAGGCUUUGAUCUUUGCGAGAAUUGUUACUGCCUUGGUGGUCACGGUUUGGAAAACUCAGACGAGUUGUUUUAUCGCGUGCAGGAGCUAGUGCUUGCUCGUUGCCCUCGUUUAGCCGAGGAAGUGGAUUUGCUCGAGCUGAUGCGCUUUGAGAUUUGUCGCUCAAACUUGCGCAAGUUUAAUUUUUGUUUGAACUGGCUGGCGGACAUUGUCAAUGGCAAAACAUCCAAGGACUUACAGGCGCGUGCUUUGGAAAUUCCCAGCAUUCGGCGCGAUGUCCGCAAGGUGUUCGUGCCUCUCCUUAUGCGCGUAUGCAGUGACCGAGAAGAUAUUGAGGUGAAGACGGAGUGGGAGCUGGAGGAUGACAACCAGGCACCAGUCCGUAGCGUGGGCGGUGGAGUUAGUGAAGGAGACGGACGGUUUUUGGAGACACUACGUAUUUGGGUGGCAGAUCAGUACCGUACUACAUCGCCGUUCGUGGAACGUAGUCUGCUCAAGUAUCGUGAAGGCGAGGAGGAGGGUGAAGAUGAUAGCGACACUGGCGAUGGUAGCGAUGAUGGCCACGCGCACAAAAAUGGAGGCCACAAUAGCAUUCCUGAUGGCGCUGCAGAAGACCCCUAUGGCCGUGUGGAAGGAACCAGUAGUGAACCAGGGACCCCGGAAGCCAAUCGUGUUCAUAGCGAUCAGUGCCAGAGAGAGUAUCGUUAG